AGAAAAAUGAAGCCAAUUUGCAAUGUUAACGGAAGAACAGAAUUCUGUGAGAUGAAAGGAGAUAUAAGGAUCCAUGGGAAAUCCUCUACGGUUUUCAUGUCUGCUUCUUCCAUGGAAAAUAGUUGGGGGAUCAUCAGUCCUUUCGCUCGAAAAGGUGAUGAAGAGGCUUUGAAUCACGUGACGAAAUGGUCGAUAAAAUCCGGGGUAAUGGAUGGCUAUGGAUUACCACGAUGCGAUCGAAAAUACGAAGUUUCGUCCAUAGUUUUCUCGCUAGGGGGAUAUGCAGGGAACAAUUUCCAUGACUACACUGACGUAGUUAUUCCUUUAUAUCAAACUGCUCGAGAGUUUGAUGGAGAAGUAAAGUUUCUUUUUACCGACAAGAAUCCAUUGUGGAUCAACAAGUUCAAAACUAUACUACGAAAGCUUUCGAGAUACGAACCGGUCGACAUCGAUAAAGAAGAACAAGUUCAUUGUUUCCCAAGCGUGAUCGUUGGCCUGAAACGUGACCCUAGAGAGCUGAGGAUCGAUCCUUCGAAAUCACCGUACUCAAUGAACGACUUCAGGCAGUUUCUUAGAAGUGCUUACUCCUUGCGAAAAGCCACUGCUAUAAAAUUGACCGGUAACGGCCGGAAAAGAAAACUGCGGCUCCUCAUUCUUUCGAGAAAACGAACACGAGCGUUUACUAAUGUAAACGACAUCACAAGGAUGGCGAGGAGUUUAGGCUACAAAGUAGUCGUCGCGGAGGCGGACUCGAAUGUAGCGAGAGUAGCGGCCACCGUGAAUGGUUGCGACGUAAUGAUGGGAGUCCAUGGAGCUGGCUUGACCAACAUGGUUUUUCUUCCGGAGAAUGCGGUUUUGAUCCAGGUUCUUCCGAUCGGAGGGUUCGAGUGGCUAGCCCGGACCGACUUCGAAGAGCCAUCCAAGGACAUGAUCAAUUUAAGGUACUUGGAAUACAAGAUCAAAACGGAAGAGAGUACUUUGAUGCAACAAUAUCCACCGGAACAUGAGGUUAUAAGCAAUCCAUCUGCCAUACAAAAACAGGGUUGGGAUACAUUCAAGUCGGUGUACUUGCAACGACAAAAUGUCAACCUCGAUAUUCAUAGGUUUAAGUACACUCUAUUGAGAGCUCUUGAGCUCUUACGUCGGUAA